CAACUUCUUCCCCAUUUUCCGCCACCCCAACUUCCACCGCCAUUUCCACGCUGACCGGAACGGGUUCUGGAUCUACCAACGGUUCUCCACCGGCUUUGACCAGUACCAAGUUCCCCACCAUUACCACUUCGGCCCCAACGAGUUCGGGAUCUGCCCCUGCUACGACUCCGUCUUCUGUUGUGACAUCAUCCACCACACUGUCCUCUCCAGCUUCUGCUCACACAGAAUCAGCUGGCACUUUGACAUCAGCAACAACCAGAACCAAUUCUUCUUCACCUUUGAUGUCAGAAUUAACCAGCACUAAAUCGACUACAGAUUCUAUCACAGAACUUACCACCCAAAAUUUUACCAUUACUUCUACCUUUGCCUGGACAAGUUAUGGACCUAUCGCCAGUUCUCCACCAGCUCCUGCCAGUACCAGUCCUCCUACCAGUAUCCCCUUAGCCGGAACCAGUAGAUUAUCAGACCCUACUACCAACUCUCCAUCAGCCAUCGCAGCAUCAACCACACCGUCCUCCCCGACUUCUUAUCAAACGGAAUCAACCCGUACCGAUUCUCUCUCGCCCGUAACAACAGAAAUAACCACCCUCUUAACCACCUCAAGUUCUAUCCCGUUUCUUUCCUCACAGAGUUCUACCUCUACUUCGGCCGUGAACCUGAUGAGUUCUGGAUCUAGCACCAGUUCUUCACUGGCUCCGACCAGUGUUGAAUCUUCCACUGGGUCCACCUCGGCCAUCACGAAUGUUAUAUCAGCCCCCUCUACGCCCUCACCUUCAGCUCUUAUAACAUCAACCACAUCAUCCUCUCCAAUUUCCAGUCACACAGAAUCAGGCAGCCCUUUGACAUCGACAACGAACAGUGAUCAUUCUCCCUCACCUCUGACAACAGAAGCAACUAGUCGCAUAACCGCUACUCGUUCUACUCCAUUUCCUACCACCCCAAGUUCUGCCUCUACUUUUACCUUGACCUGGAUGGAUUCUGAACCCACCACCAAUUCUCCACCAGCUCCCACCAGUACUGAAUCUCCCACCCUCUCAGCCCGAACAAAUACGAUAUCAGCCCCUACUACGCCCUCUCUUUCAUUUGCUGCCACAUCAAUCACACUGCCCUCUCCAACCUCGGCUGACGCAGAAUCGGCCAGAGGUUCAACGUCUUCCAUGACCAGGACCGAUUCUCCCUCACUUUCAACACCUGCAUUAUCCAGUCCCGAAUCGACUACGGGUUCGACUUCAGUUCUUACCACCCCAAGUUCUAACCCUGCUUCGACCACCACCUGGACUAGUUCUGAGCUGACCACCGGUUCCCCAUCAGCUGAGACCAGUCCCGAAUCUUCCACCCCUACAACUUCAGCCCGAAUAAAUACCACAUCAGCCCCUAUUUCGAUCUCAUCUUCUGCCAUGACAUCAUCAAUGGCACUGACCUCUCCAACUUCUGGCCACACAGAAUUAGACAGCACUCCGACGUCAACAGUGACCAGAACCGAUUCUCCUUCACCUCUGACGACAGAAUUAACCAGUCCCGUAACUCUAACAGGUUCUACCCACUUUCCUAUCGCCUCGAGUUCUACCAUUCCUUCUUCCCUCUCCUGGACUAGUUCCGGGACUACCACCAGUUCUUCACCAGGUUCAGACAGUACAGAACUUCCCACCAGAACCACCUCAACCAGAACAGCCCCUACAACCUUCAUUUCAGCUAUCACUCCAACUUCUAAUGAUACAGAAUCAGCAAGUAGUUUGCCAUCAAUAUCGACCACUACCGAUUCUCUCUCACCUUCAACUCUUGCAUUAACCAGCCCUGAAUCGAUAACAGGUUCGACCCCAAGUCCUCCUACCCCGAGUUCUCUCACUACUUCGGCCAUGAUCAGGACGAGUUCCGGACCCAGUGCCAGUUCUCCACCCGCUCCGACCGGUGUCACCUCAGUCAUAACAAAUUCAGUAUCAGGCCCUACUACCAUCUUCAUUUCAGCCACCCCCACGUCAACCACGCAGUCCUCUCCAACUUCUAGUGAUGUAGAUUCGGCCAGGACUUGGACAUCAACAACGACCAGUACUGUUUCUCCCUCACCCUCGAUAACAGAAUUCACGGGAUCCAAGACAACUGCAGGUUUAACCGCAAGUCUUUCCACCCCAAGUUCUCCCACUACUUCCACCCGGACCUGGAUGAGUUCUGGACCUAGCACCAGUUUUCCACCAGCUCCCACCAGUAUCGAAUCUCCCACCAGGAUGAGUUCAGCGUCAACCCCAGCUCCGUCCUCUCCUUCGGCUGUUGCCUCAGCAACCACACUGUCCUCUCCAACUUCCAGUGGUGCAGAAUCUGCCAGCAGUGUAACACCACCUACGACCAGUAUGGAUUCUUCGUCCCCUUCAACCCUUUCGCUAUCCAAUUCCGAAUCAACUACAGGUUUGACCCCAAUUCCUACAACGCCAAGCUAUUCCUCUAUUUCAUCCACAACCCGGAUGACUUCCGGGCCUACCCCAAGUUCUCCACCAGCUCUAACCAGUACCGAAUCUCUCACCAGUCUCACCUCGGCCAGAGCAAGUACAGUAUCAGCCCCUACCAAACCCUCACCUUCAGCUGUUUCAGCAUCAACCACACUGUCCUCCCCAACUUUUACUAAAACAGAACUCACCAGCACUGACUCACCAGCACUGACAUCCACAAUGACCAGCAGUGAUUCUUCAACACCUCCAGGAACCGGUCCUGAAUCUACUCCAGGUUCUACCCCAAUUUCUACCAUACCAGGUUCUACCGCUUCUCCAACACUAACCUGGACUAGUUCUGGAUCUCCCGUCAGUUCUUCACCCCCUUUAACCGGUACCAAAUCUCCCGCCAGUACUGUCUCGGCCCAACCGAGUACCCUGUCAGCCCCUACUACGACCUCGCCUUCAGCUAUUACAGCAUCAACCACCCUGUCCUCAUCGAUUUCUAAAUAUACAGAAUGGACCAGCACUUUCAAAUCGACAGUGAGCAGUACUGAUUCUCCCUCACCUUCUACAACAGAAUUAACUGGUUCGGUACCCUCUACAGGUUUUAUCUCAUUUUCCGCCACCCCAAACUCUACCACCGCUUCAACCGUGACCUGGAUGACUUCUGAACCUACCACUGGUUCUCCUCUAGUCUCAACCAGUACUGAAUUCCCCACCAGUACCACCUCAGCCAGAGCAAGUACCAUAUCUGGCCCUACCAUGACCUCAGUGACUGCCAUAUCAUCCUCAACCACACUGUCCACUCCAACCUCUAGUCACGCAGAACUGGGCAGCACUUUGAUAUCAACAACAACCAGUACCGCUUCUCUGUCACUUAUAACACUUGAACCUACUACUGGUUUUACUCCAUCUACUACCUCGAGUUCUACCCCUGCUUCCACCCUGUUCUGGAUAGGGUCCGGACCUACCACCAGUUCUCCCCCAGCUUCAGCCGGUCCCGAAUCUCCCACCAGUACCUCCUCAGCCAGAACGAGUACAGGAUGGGCUCCUACCGCUUCUUUCAUUUCGACUGUCACAGCAUCAACCACAAUGGCCCCGCCAGCGUCUAGCCAUACAGAAUCUGCCGGCACUCGGAUGUCAACAGUGACCAGCGCUGGCUCUCCAUCACCUUGGUCACCUGAAUUAACCAGCCCUGAAUCAACCAAAGAUUCUACUCCGGUUCCUAUCACAGCAAGUUCUAUGACUGCUUCCACCCUGAUCUGGAUGAGUUCAGGACCCACCGGAACUUCUCCACCAGCACUGACCAGUGGCGAAUCUCCUACGAGUAUCACCUCGGCCACGGCGAUUACACUCUCAUCUCCUAGUACGACCUCACCUUCAGCUAUUACAGCACCGACAGCAUGGUCCUCUCCAACUUUUACUCACACAAAAUCGACCAGCACUUGGACAUCAACAGUGACCGGCACUAAUUCUCCAUCACCUUCAACACCGGGAUUAAGCAGCCCUGGAAAAUCUACAGGUUCCACCUCCGUUCCUACCACCCCAGUUUCUAGCAGGACUUCGACCCCGAACUGGGUGAGUUCUGGAUCUAUCACCAGUUCUCCACCAGCUGCGACCGGUACCGAAUCUCCUACCGAUGCCACCUCAGCCAUAACAGGGACUAUUUCAGCUCCUAAUCCAUCUUCAGCAGUUACAGCACCCGGCACACCGUCAACUUUUAGUCAUACAGAAUCGGGCAGUACUCUGAUAUCAACGAAGACCAGAACCGAUUCUCCCUCCCCCUCAAUAACAGAAUUAACCAGUCUCACUGUUGCUACAGGUUCCAUCCGUAUUCCUACCGUCCUGAGUUCUACCUCUAUUUCCUCAUCACACCCAAGCUAUACCGAAUUCCCCACCAGUCCCAUCUCAGCCCAAACAAUUACAGUAUCAGCUCCUACUGAGCCUCCAUCUUCUACUGUGACAUCAUCAACCACACUGUCGCCUCCAACUUCUAGUCACAUGGAAUCGGCUAGCAGUUCAUCAGCAAUGUCCAGUACUGAUUCUCCCUCACCUUCAGCAACUUUAUUGACCGUCCCUGAAUCGACUACAGUUUCUUCCCCGAUUCCUUCCACCCCAAGUCCUACCACAACUUCUGCCAUGACCUGGGUGAGUUCUGGACCUACCUCUGGUUCUUCACCAGAAUUUCCCACUAGUACCACCUCACCCCAAACAAGUGUGGUAUCUGCUCCUAGGACACCCUCACCUUCUGCUGUGACAUCAUCAACCACGCCGCCCUCUCCAACUUCGAGCGCCACAGAAUCGGUCCCCACUUUGACAUCCACAGGGACCAGCACUGAUUCUUUCUCACCUUCGACACCUUCAUCAUUCACCCCGCAAUCUACUACAGGUUCAACCCCAGUUCCUUCCACUCCAAGUUCUGUCACUAUUUCUACCCUUGUCUGGACAAGUUCUGGAUCUACCACUGGCUCUCCAUCAGCUCCAAUCAAUACCGGAUUCCCCUCCAAUACCACCUCAACUCAAACAAGUUUGGAAUCAUCCUCAGCUAUAACUCUAUCUUCUGCUGUGACAUCAUCAACUAUACUGUCUUCUCCAAGUUCUAGUGGCACAGAAUCGGCCAGCACUUUGACAUCCACAAUGAUCAGCACUGAAUCUCUCUCACCUUCAACCCCUGCAUCAUUCACCCCAGAAUCGACUACAGGUUCGACCCCGAUUUCUUCCACCCCAGCUUCUACCACUGUUCCCACCCUGACCCGGACAGGUUCUGGGCCUUCCACUGGUUCUCCACCAGCUUCAACAAGUUCCGAGUCUCUCACCAGUACCUCCUCAGCCAGAACAAGUAUGAUAUCAGCCCCUACUUCAUCCUCUAUUUCGGCAGCCCCUGGACCAACCACAUUACCCUCUCCUACAUCUAGUCUUACAGAAUCUGCCGGCACUCGGAUGUCAACAGUGACCAGGGCUGGCUCUCCAUCACCUUGGUCACCUGAAUUAACCAGCCCUGAAUCGACUAAAGAUUCUUCUCCGGUUCCUAUCACUGCAAGUUCUAUGACUGCUUCCACCCUGAUCUGGAUGGGUUCUGGACCCACCAGCACUUCUCCAUCAGCUCUGACCAGUAGCGAAUCUCCUAUUGGUAUAACCUCGACCACGGCAAUUACACUUUCAGCUCCCAGUACGACCUCACCUUCAGUCAUUACAGCACCGACCACAAUGUCCUCUCCAACUUCUACUCACGCAGAAUCGGCCAGCACUUGGACAUCAACAAUGACCGGCACUAAUUCUCCAUCACCUUCAACACCGGGAUUAAGUAGCCCUGCAAAAUCUACAGGUUCCACCUCCUUUCCUACCACCCCAGGUUCUAGCAGGACUUCGACCCCAAACUGGGUGAGUUCUGGAUCUAUCACCAGUUCUCCACCAGCUGCGACCGGUACCGAAUCUCCUACCGAUGCCACCUCAGCCAUAACAGGUACUAUUUCAGCUCCUAGUCCAUCUUCAGCAGUAACAGCACCCAGCACACCGUCAACUUCUAGUCAUAAAGAAUCGGGCAGUACUCUGAUAUCAACAAUGACCAGAACCGAUUCUCCCUCCCCCUCAAUAACAGAAUUAACCAGUCCCACUGUUGCUACAGGUUCCAUCCGUAUUCCUACCGUCCUGAGUUCUACCUCUAUUUCCUCAUCACGCCCAAGCUAUACCGAAUUCCCCACCAGUCCCAUCUCAGCCCAAACAAUUACAGUAUCAGCUCCUACUGAGCCUCCAUCUUCUACUGUGACAUCAUCAACCACACUGUCGCCUCCAACCUCUAGUCACAUGGAAUCGGCUAGCAGUUCAUCAGCAAUGUCCAGUACUGAUUCUCCCUCACCUUCAGCAACUUUAUUGACCGUCCCUGAAUCGACUACAGUUUCUUCCCCGAUUCCUUCCACCCCAAGUCCUACCACAACUUCUGCCAUGACCUGGGUGAGUUCUGGACCUACCUCUGGUUCUUCACCAGAAUUUCCCACUAGUACCACCUCACCCCAAACAAAUGUGGUAUCCGCUCCUAGGACACCCUCACCUUCUGCUGUGACAUCAUCAACCACGCCGCCCUCUCCAACUUCGAGCGCCACAGAAUCGGUCCCCACUUUGACAUCCACAGGGACCAGCACUGAUUCUUUCUCACCUUCGACACCUUCAUCAUUCACCCCGCAAUCUACUACAGGUUCAACCCCAGUUCCUUCCACUCCAAGUUCUGUCACUAUUUCUACCCUUGUCUGGACAAGUUCUGGAUCUACCACUGGCUCUCCAUCAGCUCCAAUCAAUACCGGAUUCCCCUCCAAUACCACCUCAACUCAAACAAGUUUGGAAUCAUCCUCAGCUAUAACUCUAUCUUCUGCUGUGACAUCAUCAACUAUACUGUCUUCUCCAAGUUCUAGUGGCACAGAAUCGGCCAGCACUUUGACAUCCACAAUGUCCAGCACUGAAUCUCUCUCACCUUUAACCCCUGCAUCAUUCACCCCAGAAUCGACUACAGGUUCGACCCCGAUUUCUUCCACCCCAGCUUCUACCACUGUUUCCGCCCUGACCCGGACCAGUUCUGGGCCUUCCACUGUUUCUCCACCAGCUUCAACAAGUUCCGAGUCUCUCACCAGUACCUCCUCAGCCAGAACAAGUAUGAUAUCAGCCCCUACUUCAUCCUCUAUUUCGGCAGCCCCUGGACCAACCACAUUGCCCUCUCCUACAUCUAGUCUUACAGAAUCUGCUGGCACUCGGACGUCAACAGUGACCAGGGCUGGCUCUCCAUCACCUUGGUCACCUGAAUUAACCAGCCCUGAAUCGACUAAAGAUUCUUCUCCGGUUCCUAUCACUGCAAGUUCUAUGACUGCUUCCACCCUGAUCUUGAUGAGUUCUGGACCCACCAGCACUUCUCCAUCAGCUCUGACCAGUAGUGAAUCUCCCAUCAGUAUCACCCCGGCCACGACAAUUACUCUCUCAGCUCCUAGUACAACCUCACCUUCAGCUAUUACAGCACCAACUGCAUUGUCCUCUCCAACUUUUACUCACGCAGAAUCGACCAGCACUUGGACAUCAACAGUGACCGGCACUAAUUCUCCAUCACCUUCAACACCGGGAUUAAGUAGCCCUGCAAAAUCUACAGGUUCCACCUCCGUACCUAUCACCCCAGUUUCUAGCAGGACUUCGACCCCGAACUGGGUGAGUUCUGGAUCUAUCACCAGUUCUCCACCAGCUGCGACCGGUACCGAAUCUCCUACCGAUGCCACCUCAGCCAUAACAGGUACUAUUUCAGCUCCUAAUCCAUCUUCAGCAGUUACAGCACCUGGCACACCGUCAACUUCUACUCAUACAGAAUCGGGCAGUACUCUGAUAUCAACGAUGACCAGAACCGAUUCUCCCUCCCCCUCAAUAACAGAAUUAACCAGUCCCACUGUUGCUACAGGUUCCAUCCGUAUUCCUACCGUCCUGAGUUCUACCUCUAUUUCCUCAUCACGCCCAAGCUAUACCGAAUUCCCCACCAGUCCCAUCUCAGCCCAAACAAUUACAGUAUCAGCUCCUACUGAGCCUCCAUCUUCUACUGUGACAUCAUCAACCACACUGUCGCUUCCAACUUCUAGUCAGAUGGAAUCGGCUAGCAGUUCAACAGCAACGUCCAGUACUGAUUCUCCCUCACCUUCAGCAACUUUAUUGACCGUCCCUGAAUCGACUACAGUUUCUUCCCCGAUUCCUUCCACUCCAAGUCCUACCACAACUUCUGCCAUGACCUGGGUGAGUUCUGGACCUACUGCCGAUUCUUCACCAGCCCCAACUGGUACAGAAUUUCCCACUAGUACCACCUCACCCCAAACAAGUGUGGUAUCUGCUCCGAGGACACCCUCACCUUCUGCUGUGACAUCAUCAACCACCCUGCCCUCUCCAACCUCUAGCACCACGGAAUUGGCCAGCACUCUGACAUCCACAAGGACCGGCACUGAUUCUUUCUCACCUUCCACACCUACCUCAUUUACCCCGCGAUCAACUACAGGUUCAACCCCAGUUCCUUCCACUCCAAGUUCUGUCACUAUUUCUACCCUUGUCUGGACAAGUUCUGGAUCUACCACUGGCUCUCCAUCAGCUCCAAUCAAUACCGGAUUCCCCUCCAAUACCACCUCAACUCAAACAAGUUUGGAAUCAUCCUCAGCUAUAACUCUAUCUUCUGCUGUGACAUCAUCAACUAUACUGUCUUCUCCAAGUUCUAGUGACACAGGAUCGGCCAGCACUUUGACAUCCACAAUGACCAGCACUGAAUCUCUCUCACCUUCAACCCCUGCAUCAUUCACCCCAGAAUCGACUACAGGUUCAACCCCGAUUUCUUCCACCCCAGCUUCUACCACUGUUUCCGCCCUGACCCGGACCAGUUCUGGGCCUUCCACUGGUUCUCCACCAGCUUUAACCAGUUCCGAGUCUCUCACCAGUACCUCCUCAGCCAGAACAAGUAUGAUAUCAGCCCCUACUUCAUCUUCUAUUUCGGCUGCCCCUGGACCAACCACAGUGCCCUCUCCUACGUCUAGUCUUACGGAAUCUGCCGGCACUCGGAUGUCAACAGUGACCAGGGCUGGCUCUCCAUCACCUUCGUCACCUGAAUUAACCAGCCCUGAAUCGACCAAAGAUUCUUCUCCGGUUCCUAACACAGCAAGUUCUAUGACUGCUUCCACCCUGAUCUGGAUGAGUUCUGGACCCACCAGCACUUCUCCAUCAGCUCUGACCAGUAGUGAAUCUCCCAUCAGCAUCACCCCGGCCACGACAAUUACUCUCUCAGCUCCUAGUACGACCUCACCUUCAGUUAUUACAGCAAAAACCACAUUGUCCUCUUCAACCUCUACUCACGCAGAAUCGGCCAGCACUUGGACAUCAACAGUGACCGGCACUAAUUCUCCAUCACCUUCAACCCGGGGAUUAACCAGCCCUGCAAAAUCUACAGGUUCCACUUCCGUUCCUACCACCCCAGGUUCUAGCAGGACUUCGACCCCGAACUGGGUGAGUUUGGGAUCUAUCACUAGUUCUCCACCAGCAGCGACCGGUACUGAAUCUUCUACCGAUGCCACCUCAGCCAUAACAGGGACUAUUUCAGCUAUUAAUCCAUCUUCAGCUGUUACAGCACCUGGCACACCGUCCUCUCCAACUUCUAGUCAUACAGAAUCGGGUAGUAUUCUGACAUCAACGAUGACCAGAACCGAUUCUUCCUCCCCCUCAAUAACAGAAUUAACCAGUCCCACUGUUGCUACAGUUUCUGAAACUAUUCCUACCAUCCUGAGUUCUACCUCUAUUUCCUCAUCACGCCCAAGCUAUACCGAAUUCCCCACCAGUCCCAUCUUAGCCCAAACAAUUACAGUAUCAGUUCCUACUGAGCCUCUGUCUUCUGCUGUGACAUCAUCAACCACACUGUCGCCUCCAACUUCUAGUCACAUGGAAUCGGCUAGCAGUUCAACAGCAACGUCCAGUACUGAUUCUCCCUCACCUUCAGCAACUUUAUUGACCGUCCCUGAAUCGACUACAGUUUCUUCCCCGAUUCCUUCCACUCCAAGUCUUACCACAACUUCUGCCAUGACCUGGGUGAGUUCUGGACCUACCUCUGGUUCUUCACCAGAAUUUCCCACUAGUACCACCUCACCCCAAACAAGUGUGGUAUCCACUCCUAGGACACCCUCACCUUCUGCUGUGACAUCAUCAACCACGCCACCCUCUCCAAUUUCUAGCGCCACGGAAUCGGCCAGCACUUUGACAUCCACAAGGACCGGCACUGAUUCUUUCUCACCUUCGACACCUACAUCAUUCAUCCCGCGAUCAACUACAGGUUCAAUCCCCGUUCCUACCACUCCAAAUUCUGUCACUAUUUCCACCCUUGUCUGGACAAGUUCUGGAUCUACCACUGGCUCUCCAUCAGCUCCAACCAGUACCGGAUUCCCCUCCAAUACCACCUCAACUCAAACAAGUUUGGAAUCAUCCUCAGCUAUAACUCUAUCUUCUGCUGUGACAUCAUCAACUACAAUGUCUUCUCCAAGUUCUAGUGACACAGGAUCGGCCAACACUUUGACAUCCACAAUGUCCAGCACUGAAUCUCUCUCACCUUUAACCCCUGCAUCAUUCACCCCAGAAUCGACUACAGGUUCGACCCCGAUUUCUUCCACCCCAGCUUCUACCACUGUUUCCGCCCUGACCCGGACCAGUUCUGGGCCUUCCACUGGUUCUCCAUCAGCUUCAACCAGUUCCGAGUCUCUCACCAGUACCUCCUCAGCCAGAACAAGUAUGAUAUCAGCCCCUACUUCAUCCUCUAUUUCAGCUGCCCCUGUAUCAACCGCAGUGCCCUCUCCUACGUCUAGUCCUACGGAAUCUGCCGGCACUCAGACGUCAACAGUGACCAGCGCUGGCUCUCCAUCACCUUGGUCACCUGAAUUAACCAGCCCUGAAUCGACCAAAGAUUCUACUCCAGUUCCUAUCACUGCAAGGUCUAUGACUGCUUCCACCCUGAUCUGGAUGAGUUCUGGACCCACCAGCACUUCUCCAUCAGCUCUGACCAGUAGCGAAUCUCCUAUCAGUAUGACCUCGACCACGGCGAUUACGCUUUCAGCUCCUAGUACGACCUCACCUUCAGUCGUUACAGCACCGACCACAGUGUCCUCUCCAACUUCUACUCACGCAGAAUCAGCCAGUACUUGGACAUCAACGAUGACCAGAACUGACUCUCCCUCACCUUCAAUAACAGAAUUAACCAGUCCCGCUGUUGCUACAGGUUCUAUCCCUAUUCCUACCAUCCUGAGUUCUACCUCUAUUUCCUCAUCACCUCCAAACUAUACCGAUUUCCCCACCAGUCCCAUCUCAGCCCAAACAAUUACAGUAUCAGCUCCUACUGAGCCUUCGGCUUCUGCUGUGACAUCAUCGACCAUGCCGUCCUCUCCAACUUCUAGCAACACAGGAUCGGCCAGUACUUUUGGCUUCACAGUGACCAGCACUGAUUCUUUCUCACCUUCGACACCUACAUCAUUCACCCCGCAAUCUACUACCGGUUCAACCCCAAUUUCUAUCAAACCAAGUUCUGUCACUAUUUCCACCCUUGCCAGGACAAGUUCUGGGCCUACCGACAGUUCUCUACCAGCUUCAACCAGUACCAUCUCAGCCCAAACAAGUUUGGAAUCAUCCCCGGCACUAACUCUGUCUUCUGCUGUGACAUCAUCAACCACACUGUCCUCUCCAACUUCUAGUCACACAGAAUCGGGCAGCACUUUGACAUCCACAAUGACCAGUCCUGAUUCUCUCUCACCUUCAACACCUGCAUCAUUCACCUUCGAAUCAACGGUAGGUUUGACCCCAAUUCCUAUCACCCCAGGUUCUCCCACCAUUUCCACCCUAACCUGGACCAGUUCUGAACUUGCUACUGGUUCUUCACCAACUUCAACCAGUACCAAAUUCCCCACCAGUACCACCUCAGCUCGAACAAGCUUGGUAUCAGCUCUAUCUUCAGCUGUGACACCAUCAACCACACUGUCCUCUCCAACUUCUAGUCACACAGAAUCAGCCAACGCUUUUACCUCCACAACGACCGGCACUGAUUCAUUCUCACCUUCACCAGCCACAUCAUUCACCUCUGAAUCGACUUCAAUUUCAACCCCAAUUCCUACCGCACCAAGUUCUGUCACUACUCCCAACCUUGCCUGGACAAUUUCUGGGCCUACCACCGGUUCUCCUCCAUCUUCGGCCAGUACCUGGUCUCCAAUCACUUUCACUUCAGCCCAAACAAGCACAGUAACAGCCUCUACUACGCCCUCUCCCUCAGCUGUGACAUCAUCAACCACGCUGACCUCUCCAACUUCUAAUUACACAAAAUCAGGGAGCACUUUGUCAUCAGCAACGACCUUGACCGAUUCUCCUUCCCCUUCAACAGAAUUAAGCAGCCCUGUUGUGACUCCAGGUUCUACGCCCAUUCCCACCUUACAAAGUUCUACCCCUACUUCCUCACCACUUCCAACCCACACUGAAUUCCCUAGCAACACCACCUCAGCCCAAACUAUUACAGCAUCAGCUCCAACGAUGAUUUCAUCCCCUGCUGUAACAUCAACAGCCACGCUGUUCUCUCCAACUUCUGGUGACAGAGAAUCGGCCAGCACCUUGACGUCAACAGUGACCAGGACUGAUUCUCUCUCGCCUUCAACACCUGUAUCAUUCACCACCGAAUUGACUACGCAUUUCACCCCAAAUUCUAUCCCUUCAAGUUCUACCAGUAUUUCCACGACGACCUGGAUGAGUUCUGGAUCUACCAUCAGUUCUCCACCAGCUCAUACCAGUACUGAAUUUCCCACCAGUACCACCUCAGCCAGAACGAGUGUGGUAUCUUCUCCCAGGACACCCUCACCUUCAGCUGUGACGUCAUCAAAUACGCCAUCCUCUCUAACUUCUAGUCCCACAGACUCAGCCAGCACUUUGACAUCCACAGUGACCAGCACUGAUUCUUUCUCACCUUCGACACCUACAUCAUUCACCCCGCAAUCUACUACAGGUUCGAUCCCAAUUCCUACCACUCCAAGUUCUGUCACUAUUUCCACCCUUGCCUGGACAAGUUCUGGGCCUACCACCAGUUCUUUACCAGCUUCAAUCAGUACCAUUUCAGCCCGAACAAGUUUGGAAUCAUCCCCAGCACUAACUCCAUCUUCUGCUGUGACAUUAUCAACCACACUGUCCUCUCCAACUUCUAGUGACAGAGAAUCGGCCAGCACUUUGACGUCAACAGUGACCGGGACUGAUUCUCUCUCACCUUCAACACCUGCAUCACUCACCUUCAAAUCAACUGUAGGUUUGACUCCAAUUCCUACCACCCCAGGUUCUACCACCAUUUCCACCCUAACCCCAUCCAGUUCUGAACCUACCACUGGUUCUUCACCAGCUUCAACCAGUACCGAAUUUACCACCUCAGCCCGAACAGGUUCGGUAUCGGCUCUAUCUUCAGCUGUGACACUGUCAACCACACUGCUCUCUCCAACUUCUAGUGACAGAGAAUCGGCCAGCACUUUGACAUCAACAGUGACUGGGACUGAUUCUCUCUCAACUUCAAUGCCUGCAUCACUCACCACUGAGUUGACUACACAUUUGACCCCAAAUUCUACCCCGCCAAGUUCUGUCACUACUUUCACAGCUACCUGGAUGGGUUCUGGAUAUACCACCAGUUCUCCCACUUCUCCAACCAGUACCGAAUUCCCGACCGGUAGUACCUCAGCCACAGAAAGUACAGUUUCUGUUCCCACUACAAAUUCAUCUUCUGCUGUGACAUCAUCCACCCCUGUCUCUUCUCCAACUUCUAGUCACACAGAAGCGGCCAGCACUCUGACAUCAGCAAUGACCAGGAGUGAUUCUCCCUUGCCGUUGACAACAGAAUUAACCAGCACUGUAGCCACUAGAGUUUCUUCCCCAUUUCCUACCACACUGGUGUCUACCAGUCCUCCCUCCCCGACCUGGGUGAGUUCUGGACCUCCCACCAGUUCCCCACCAGCUUUCACCAGUAUCACAUCUCCUACCUCAACCGGAACAACCAUGGCAUCAGUCCAUAUGUCAACUUUCACCUCAGCUGUCACUGCAUGGACUACACAGUCACCGCCAACUUCUAGUCACACAGAAUCGGGUGACGCUUGGACAUCAACAACGUCCAAUACAGAAUUCACCCGGCCCGAACUGACUACCGGUUCCAUGCCAAGUCUUUCCACCCCAAGUACUACCACUACUUCUUCCUCAGACUGGACGAGUUCUGGGCCUACUACAGGUUCUCCACCGGCUUCGACUGGCCCCCAGCCUCCCACCAGCAUCCCCUCUGCUACAACAAAUACAACGUCGGCCCCUGCCAUAACCUCGCCUUUAGCCAUUACAGCACUGACCACCCGCUGGUCUCCAACCUCAAGUGCUACAGAAUCGGUCGGUAUAUCGACAUCGCCAACGACCUCGUCUUCCACUCCGGCAUUAACCAGCCCUGAAUCGAUCACUGGUUCCACUCCAAAUCUUCCCACCCCAAGUUCUUCCACUACUCCCAUUCCAACAGGGACGAGUUCUCCACCAGUUCCGAGGAGUACCGAAUCUCCCACCAGUACCACCUCAGUCCAAACGAGUACAGAAUCAGCCCUCACCAUACCCUCGCCUUCUGCAGGGACAUCAUCAACCACCCGGUCCUCUUCAACUUCGGGUCACCCGGAACUGACUGGCACUUUCACAUCCAUUCACACCAGUUCCACCUUACCGGCUCUGACCAGUGCUGAAUCUUCCAGCCCUGAAGUGUUUCUCACAACUUCUGCCGCCACCUGGCCCGGUAGAGAAUCAACCGUGAGUUCCAGUCCUUCUCUGACCAGUACAAGACCAUCCACCGGUUUUCUGACCAGUACCAAGCAUUCUGCAUCUUUCACCCCUACUCUGACCGGAACAGAGUCGUUUACCAGUCCCAACUCCACUGCCACUACAGGAUCCGUCCUUGCCUCGACCGGGACGCCCACAGCCUCACCCGUAACCACCACCCCGACGAGCGCUACGGCCCCAUCUGUGGCUCCACCCACCCCUGGGGGAUCAACCCCACAUCCAACUACUACCGAGGUCCUGACGACAACCCCAACUGCCAUCACCACCACGGUUCCUCCUGUCACCACCAAAGUUUCGACCACAAUCAUAACCACCCCCGUGACGACGACUCAAAUGUCCACCAGCUCAGGGACGUGUGAAAACGGGGGCAGGUGGGAAAACAACAGGUGCAUUUGCCCCAGUACCUUCUUCGGCUCCAAGUGCGAACUUCCCGUGGAAGAAGUGCAACUGAAGGAGGUAACUGAGGCACAGAGAAGUGAAGUGGCCCAGGAUGCUUCUCUAAGAGAGGACUUAGUGGGGGAUGUGACAUUAGUGAUGCUUUGA